UGUCACGCACGGCGGCAGCGACCCGGGGGUGGGGGCUCUGGCCGUUUUUCCUCCAGGCUCUGAGUGAAGUUACUUUGAAGGGGGGGGGGGGGGGAGGGAGGACCGACUCUGCCGGGAAGAUGGCGGCGCCCGUGUCGCCCUUGGUUACCGCAGCCAGACACGCAGCCCGCCUGCUGCCGGCUCGGGCCGCGGCCCCGCAGAGAGCAUACACAAUUCAGGCAGCUGAGAACAUAGCCCCUAAUACUCUAGCAGAUGCUAACUCUAGGGCCUUGUUGGUUUGCAAUGGACCUUUAGAACACUAUGACUUUCUGAUCAAAGCAGAAGAGCUGGGGAAUGAUGAACAACAACGAAGAGUCGUACAAUGCUUGCAGAAGUUACAUGAGAGCCUUAAAGGCUACAGUAUCAGUCCAAACAAUCUUCUGUCAAAGCUCUUUGCAAAAAGCAAACCUCCGAAAGGUCUUUACAUCUAUGGAGAUGUAGGCACAGGAAAGACAAUGGUGAUGGACAUGUUUUAUUCUCAUAUAGAAGUAGAGAAGAAAAAGAGAGUCCAUUUUCAUGGUUUCAUGCUAGAUGUACACAAAAGAAUACAUCGUCUUAAACAGAGCUUGCCUAAAAGGAAGCCAGGACUAAUGGCCAAGUCAUAUGAUCCAAUAGCCCCUAUAGCUGAGGAAAUAAGUGAGGGGGCCUGUCUCUUGUGUUUUGAUGAAUUUCAGGUCACUGACAUUGCUGAUGCCAUGAUUCUGAAACAGCUUUUUGAAAAUCUGUUCCAAAAUGGGGUUGUCGUUGUGGCAACAUCCAAUAGGCCACCUGAAGACCUCUAUAAAAAUGGGCUUCAGAGAGCUAACUUUGUACCAUUCAUCGCUGUGCUGAAGAAAUACUGCAGCACAAUCCAACUUGAUUCUGGAAUAGAUUAUAGGAAACGGGUUCUUCCUGCAGCAGGGAAACUUUACUACCUCACAAGUGAAGCUGAUGUGGAGGCUGUCAUGGAUAAGUUGUUUGAUGAGCUGGCUCAGAAACAAAAUGAUUUAACUAGACCAAGGAUUCUAAAAGUGCAAGGCAGAGAGCUGAAGCUGAAUAAAGCUUGUGGAACCAUUGCAGACUUCACAUUUGAAGAGCUAUGUGACAGACCAGUUGGAGCUAGCGACUAUUUGGAAAUAUCUAAGAAUUUUGACACAGUCUUUGUUCGUAACAUACCACUAUUUACCAUAGCAAAAAGGACCCAGGCUCGCCGCUUCAUUACUCUUAUUGAUACAUUUUAUGAUCAUAAGAUACGUAUGAUUUGUUCUGCACUGACACCUCUCCAAAGCUUGUUUCCGCUAGAACAUCAUGACAGUGGCCUGGAGGAAAGCAGAAUACUGAUGGAUGAUUUGGGGUUGAGCCAGGAUUCAGCUGGAGGACUUUCCAUGUUUACAGGAGAGGAGGAAAUCUUUGCAUUUCAACGAACUAUCUCACGACUUACAGAAAUGCAGACUGAACAAUAUUGGAAAGAUGGGGACAGAAGCAAGAAAUAGUUGUAGCUCAAAGAUGAACAAAGCCUCUGAGGACACAAAAAAUAGUAUAUAAAGAAAAAAGAUUCUAAUAGAAUUGGAAGCAUUUUUAAUAUAAAUGAAUUGAUUAUUAUUGCACUUAUCCUCUGGACCAUAACUUUUCAUCUGCAAUGUUGCCAUUUCAAAUUUAAGAGCUUCGUAAAUUGUGGUUUAUGUUUUGGUUUAGGUUUCUUUGACACCCCCAGCUUGUGGAUCUGUUAUUAUGCCUUUUAUAUUUCAGUUUUUUUGUCCGGUACAGCAUGACUUCAGUAUUCAACAUGGUUAACUGGUUAACUUCUUAGUCUGCUGCACAAGUCAACCAUAUAGGCAGGGGUCACAGUAAAUCAGGGAUGCACAUCUUAGUGGUUUAUGCACUAUUUUUGUCAUAUUUAUGAGAGCUUGCACAAAAAGAAAGCUCAAAGCCACACAAAUCAAAUUUACUUGUAUUUUUUACUUUGCUCCCUCUAGAGUCAGUCUGUAAGAUUCUAGAACUCCUGUGUCCUAUCUUUUUAUUUUCCUAACUCUGACUUGUAGCCAUCUGCUGAACUUCAAAUUUCCUCUCUUCUACUGCAAGGAUAUGCUUCACUCUCUGAUAGUUUCCUGAGGUAAAUAUUGUCUGCUGUCAUUCUAAUGAGGCUGCUGCUCCAUCUUACUGCCUGAAAGCCAAGGGCCUGAUCCUGGGGACGGGCUGAGCCCUAGCCGGAGGUGAGGGUGCUUGUCACCUUAGAGGUCCAAGUUAAAAAGGGUGACUAAAUAAAAAAAAUAAAAAACUAUGCAAGGGAGAGAGUAAAAUGUAGUAGAAAAGUACUUUUUCAAGACUUUCCAUCAAAGCACAAGAAAGAAGAGUCCAUCUCUACUGCCAGCUGGGUGUUCCUGCCAGAAGAUGGGGGAUGGGACUUCAUGGGCCCUUAGAACUUUUAGGCUAGAAAGUACCAAGGCCUGGGCUACACUACAUUUUCUCCUGUGUUUCCAUAAACACCCGUGUACUGGGCAGUGUCGACUUGGGCAUGACUUGAUCACACUUUAUAGUACAAUUGAGUCAAGAGACAAGAUUACAACUAGAGCCCUGCAAAUCCGCGGGUACCCACUUUAUAUCCGUGGACCAUUUCUGCGGAUAGCAGUGUAGAUGUGGAUACAAAUUUUGUAUCCACCCAGGGCUCUGAUGUUAAUAGCCGGGCGGGCAGCUGUGAGGAACCGCAGCACAGAUCCUCCACCUGCCCUGGGCGGGGAGCCUGGGGGACAGGGACACUGGGCAGUGGGAUGCUCAGGCCCCAUGCCCAGGGCAGGUGGAGGGUCCGCCACAGCUCCCCACAGCUGCCAGCUCGCUCUCCCUGACCCAGUUCUGGCUGGGGAGGCGGGCGGCUCGGAGCCACAACCCAGCCACGGUAAGAGUCAGGUGGGGGAAGUGGUGGGGAGCCAUGGCGGACCCUCUACCUGCCCUGGGCGAGGCGUCCGAGCAGCCCCCAGGCAGCUCCACAGGUCUCCCCUCUCCCCCGGACCAGGCCUGCGUGGAGCCUAGCUGGGGAGCCACGGCAGACCCUCCAUCUGCCCCCAGUGCAGGGGGGAGGCCGAAAGCUGGCCGUGUCCCCACCCCCCAGGCUCCCCGCCCGGCUGAGGGCAGUUGCGGGAGGAUUGGCGACUCCCCGCGGGCUCCCCACAGCUGCCCACGGCUCUCCCCGACUGGGCUCCGGUGGGCGGGAUGCCUCCGAGCCUCAGCCCAGCCCCCAGGGUAGAGCCCUGCAAAUCCGCCCGCGGAUAUCCGCAGACAAUUUUUGCGGAUAGCAGAUCGGAUGCAGAUACACAUUUGUGUAUCUGCGCAGGGCUCUAAUUCCAACAUGGUUACAUUUUACAGUGGAGAUGAAACCUUAACUGUGGUGUGUAACCAUGUCCCCUCUACUUGUAGCAUGAACUUGCCUUUCGUUAAAAUUGCCUUGGAUAUUUUUUAAGCCUAGUUUUAAUAAAGCUAUGUACUGUC